GAUAACGGAAAUUGCAAAACGCAGCUCUUUAGCGACCGGGACAGUAUUCCGUGAGCAUAACCUCAAAGUCGUCGAAUGAGUCGCGAUGAGCGCGUCGAUGGUCCGCAAGGCGUUGGAACUCGUUGAUCCCGAUUUCGGCCCGCGAAAGAACCGAAAAUCCCGCGGCAAAGCGGCGCCCAAGUACACGAUAGUCGAAGCGAGGAAACGGUUAAAGUCUAAAGGCGAAAUACUGGAACAUAACCUCAAAACUUUGGAGCUGAUCAAGAAGUACAGCGCGGUGAGGCUGGACAGGGACGCAACGGAGCGCAUAGUGGACCGGGCCGUCUCGAGGAGGCCGGCGGCGACGAAGGAGGACGCGGACGACUCGAAAGGCACCUGUUUCACUGAGGAGGACUUUGAAAAGUUCGAAAAGGAGUACCAGCCGGAAUAGAUGGCCCUAUCGGAUCGCGACCUCGGCACCCUUAACCUCAGUUUGAGUGUGUUCGCGCUCGCGUACCUAUUCUUCGUCCUCAUGAUCCUCCCCAUCUUGCCGCUCGAAAACACAGUAUUCGAGGCCCUGACCCCGCCCGCUUUCGUGUUACUUUUUUGCGGGGCUUUCGGGCUCGUUUUCGUCGGUACCCUCGCCCUUUUCACCCUGAUCGUAUUGUACAAAAAAUAAAAC